AUGUCGCAGAUUUCUUAUCUGUCUGCUGAAACACUCGAAUUCCACAUGUUUCAGCGCAUGCUUGCCACCGUCUGUGGCCGUACAGGUGUUGCUCCAGAACCAGUGGUCAUGGGAAAGUGUUCUAGGCAAAGCUUUACGGUGAUGCUCCGGUCGCCACUGCGCUUUGACUCCAUGCCGUCUCGAUGUGAUCUUGCGAGGUCAUCAAACACUCUGGCUUCCGUCAUGCAGUCACGUGUUGUUUUCCAGGCUUUUGCUGCUGCAGUCCUUCAUUUGCAUGUGCAAGGUCAUUGGUUUCCACUUGAUGUUAGAUGCUUGUUUUUGUGGAGCAGUGAUUGUUGCAGACAAGAAUAA